GCGAAGACGUAAUGGAGUGAUCCUCGCUGUGCUUGCAAUGGUCAUCCUAUCAGUAUAUUUUGGUAAAUUCCACAACCGGGAGUUGCUAUGAAGGCGGGGGCCUCCUCGAUGUGGGCUUCAUGCUGUGGUCUGCUGAAUGAAGUGAUGGGGACCGGGGCAGUGCGCGGCCAGCAGCCGGGCUUCGGGGCGGGCGCCGGGCCCUUCCGGUUCGCCCCCAGCGCCGGAUACUCCACCUACCCGCCUACCACCUCAGGGAGCCCCAGUCUCGUAUGCAAGGCGUGUGGCCAGGCCUUCUCCGUCUUCAGGAGGAAGCACAUCUGCUGCGACUGCAAGAAGAACUUCUGCUCUUUGUGCUCAGUGCUGCAGGAGAACCUCCGCAGGUGCGCCACCUGCCACCUGCUGAAGGGCACGGCCUUCCAGCGGCCGCAGCUGAUGCGCCUGCGCGUCAAGGACCUGCGGCAGUACCUGGUGCUGCGCAACAUCCCCACCGACACCUGCCGGGAGAAGGAGGACCUGGUGGACCUGGUGCUGUGCCACCAGGGGGCGGACAGCGAGGACGACCCGGACACGGCCAGCCUGCAGUCGCGCGGCCCCUUCACCCCGCCCCUCUCCACUGUGCGCUCCGCCUCCGAGCAGUCGGCGCUCUCCGCCUCUCAGGGAGAACCGCUCAGCAGGAGUGAAAGCUCAGGGACCACCAUCCAGGAUCAAGGAGAUGCCACGUCUCUGUCCCUCUUGAACCUGGAAACAGAGGAGAACACGCCGGAGGCGAGUCCCAUGACCCGGAAACGGGCGCGCGCCUCCCUGUCAGACAUCUCCAGCCUGGAGGACAUCGAGAACCUGUCCGUCAGGCAGCUCAAGGAAGUCCUGGCCCGCAACUUCGUCAACUACUCGGGCUGCUGCGAGAAGUGGGAGCUGGUGGAGCGCGUGAGCCGGCUGUACCGAGAGAACGAGCAGAACAGGAAGUCCUUGGAAAAUGUGAACAGCAGUAUAACUGCAGUGGUUGCCUACCCACCACCUAUCUGCAACGGUGGAAUCGGAGACGGGGAGAAGCUGCAGCUGACCAACCACGACGACAACCUGUGCCGGAUCUGCAUGGACGCGGUGAUCGACUGCGUGCUGCUGGAGUGCGGCCACAUGGUCACCUGCACCAAGUGCGGGAAGAGGAUGAGCGAGUGUCCCAUCUGCAGACAGUACGUGGUGCGGGCCGUUCACGUCUUCAAGUCCUAACGGCCCCGCCCCUAACCCCGCCCCCCACCCCCCACUGUCU